CACCUAAAGUACACUAAAAACUAGUUCGCCUCAGACUGCCAACCCGCUUGAAAUACAAGUGCAGGGGGCAGGAUUGUCAGAAAACGUCGGUACGGCCACACUGCAUCUCGCAAUAGAAAAUAAAGCGUUUUCUUUUGGUUUAAAAAGGAAAUUUCGCAUGUAAAAGCGCAGUCUCGCGGCCAAAAAUAUGCAAACUCGACGACUCGGAGUGCCGUGCGACCAGAGUGCUUGAGAUUCGGACAAAUGCCUCGCGAAAUUAGUGCGCAUUGUGCGGUUUUGCCAGUGUAGUAUACGAUACAGCCCACGAAAAUUUUCACCCGUUCUCGGGGACGCAUGAAAAAUGGCGGCGUCCUCAGCCGCGGUUCCGAGUUCGAUUCCCAUUCCGGCGGAGGCGAUAUCGGAGGAGUGCAAGGACGACGACGCCCUGACCUCCACUCUCCACACGUGCGCCAACGACCCGGACUUCGCGGUGAUCUGCGCCUUCCUGCAGAAAUUCGCCAAGGAUUUGGGCCUGAGCCUGCCGAGCUUCAGGCAAUUGCAGGAGUGGUUCACCAGCAACAACGAAGUUCCCGAGCUCAGGGACUUGCAUAUAAAGCUGCUGCGGAAGACCCGUAAGACGGUUCACGAGAAGAGCUGGGAGUCAGCCCUCAGCAAGUUCUGCUUCGGUUAUUCGGUCCAAGACGCCUGGGAAAUCGAACGGUUUGGUUACAGGAACUCCAGCCUGAAGGUCAAACUGCGAAUAUUCCGGGAACUACUCGAAAGUCAGUUCGAGCGCAAUGCCAAGUUUCGGGCCCACAUACUCACCUUGAAUGCGGACACCUUGCGUUCGGAGCCGAUUGGGCGGGAUCGGCUGGGCCACGCCUACUGGCUGACCCAGGACGCCGACUGCAACCUGCGCAUCUACCAGGAGCAUCUGGACGAGGAGAUCUGGCAGGUGGUGGCCACGAACCGGGAAGAGUUCGUCAACCUCAUUGCCAGGCUGCGCGGAAACGAGGUGGUGCUGCCUUCGAAGGACAUUGGCGAGGCCGACGAGGACACCAGCAGCAGCAACAGCUGUCCGGCCAAACCACCGCCUCCAGAGGAAAAAGAGGAAGAGGAUGAGGAAGAAGAUGGAGUUGGCGAUGGAGAUGGAGAUGAGGAGGAGCCCGUGAAAACGGUGCCCAAUCUAAAGAUUAAACUGCGCUCUCCCGAGCAGGAGGAGAAAAAGUCGAAGAGGGUCAAGCCACUGUUCAUCAGCCAGGCCAAGCUCGGGGGCAGCGCUUCACCGUCGCCAGCCAAAAAGCGUUCCAUCGACGACGUGGACAGUAGCCCUACGGCCUCCCAGGAGGAGCAGCAGAAGAAGCACCGGCCCACACUGCUCGACACCAAGCGCAUCAAGAAGCCAAGUCGCUACGAGAGCACCAAGGACGAGAACGAAGGAGAGUCCGGCGAGGAGGAGGAGGACGAGGAGGAGGAAGAAGCGGACGAGGAUGAGGAGGACUCUGAACUGGACGAGGGGGAGGAAGAAGAGGACAUCGACAGCGCGGCGGCAGAUAUUGAAGAAGAUGACGACGAGGAAGAAGUUGGCGAGGCGAUUGAGGAUCCAACGAUAGAGGUGCGGGGCCAAGGAUCUGGCCGCGACUGUGAGGCCGUUCCCCUUACCUUUCUGGGCAACUUUGACUGCGGGGAUGAGCUGGAGCUCAGCGAGGCUAUCGCCGACCCGGUGCUCCUGGUGAUCGGUCAAGGAUGGGGAACCGAUUGCCUCGUCGGUAAUGGCAAAAAUGAAGCUGCCGUGGACGAGGCGACCGUGGAGACAUCGGAGCCGAAGGCCACCUUCUUCUUUGGAGAGCCGGGGUGCCUCAAGCUGAGUCCCAUGAAGCAAACACCAAAGCCGGAGGCGAGGCGCAGCAUUUUCGACAGCUUGGGCGAGGAGAAAACAAAUGGAGAGAGUGAAAAGUGCGGGGAGGACAAUCCGCCCCGAAAUGGAAGCGAACUCAGAGAGACUCCAGCAGACGCUGAAGCUACAGCAUCUGCUGCUCCUAGCGAAGAGACUAUCAAAAGCCAAGAAGCUAACGAAAACAAAAUCUCAGAAGAACAAAUGAAAGGGAGAAAGUCCGAGCAAGUGGGUGAAACGGAUUUGCUGGAAUUUAAAAUCAAGGUGAUCGAAACGAAUGACAAAAUCUCGAAAGUACACGAAGCAAUAAAAGAGUGACGAGUUCAGACGCAAACAAUCACUUAGAUAAGGGCGAACCUUUCCUCUGAGGAUAAGGACGUGCGUCUAGAUGCAGAUACUAAAGAAAAAGUCGAGGACUGUUUGGAAGAAGAAAGCGUCGAGGAAAAUGGUCCAGUUAAAAAACUGUCCUCAGAGGAAAAAACGUCGUUAACUGAUCUGCAGAAUUCUACCAGAGAUACUGAUACGGCUAGCAUAUGCAAUGACAAGAUUUCCAGUGAAGAAAAAACACCUAAAUCUAACCAAAACGAUAAGAGAACAGAAACUGAGCCGGAUACGGAAACGAGCGCAAAAGAAACAGUAUCACGCAUAUCCGCAAGGGAAGUGGAAAUUGAAACGCCUAAAAACGUCAAUAAAUCCAAAUCUUUUAUUAAUCAUCCUGUAAGCCAAAUCGAUGAUCUAAGUCCUGUAUACGAAACAAAAGUUAAGCCAGAAAAUGUUAGAAAAAGCUUUGAAAUUGUGCCAGAAACGCUUGCGAAUGACAAUAAACCCUCCGAUCUGAAGAAGAAAUGGAUUAGAUCUAGUAGCGACGCGGUCACAAUCUGUCACGAGACCAUUAAAAAUGAUGAAUCUUCCCCCGCAGAAGACACGAUACCGGAAAAAGUACAAAACCAAGUGGCAAGUACUUCCAAAAGCCUGAUUUCGGAAGAUAAGUCGAAGGAGGGUGAUAUCAAAGCCAAGGCGGAUGCCGAGCCACCUUCAGUCGACCAGACAAUUUCAGUACCUAAGCCUUCUAUGCUACUAAACCGCAAGAGACGUCUUAACGAAUCUCAGCCCGCUCUCAGAAACUCGACCUCCGAAAGCGAAGUGCAGGAGGAGGAGCCCCAGGAUGACGACCCCACCCUGGAUGAUCUGGAUGUGGGGGGCAAGCGCAUCAAGAUGCGACCGAAGACCACCAACGUGGAGGCCAGACGAAAGGUGGAGGCUCAAAAGACGCAGAUCGAGGAAACUACAUCCUCCAGCGGGGAGGAGGAUCCGCGCAGCCGGCGCAAGAUUAUAGCUCCAGUCAGUAAGCAGAAGCCCACUCUGGAGGAAAUUAUCGAAAAGAAGAAGAAAACAAUGGACAGGGACUUGCCCGAGAAGACUUCGCAGGAGCAAUCUUCUGAAAAGGUCCCGGAAAAAGAUCUGCAACCGCCACAGCCAGCUAGAGAAGCUACUCCUCCCACCAGCUCCUUCAGUCCACCAAAGAAGUCGCCGGUAACGAAGCCGCUUAAGAAGAAUCUUCUAACUCAACUACGGCAGGAGGAGAGCGAAGAGGAAGCUAUCCCCAGAAAACGAACGAACAGUGAGACCAUCGUACCUGCCGUGCCAGUUCCCAAUGCUUCUCUCGUCCAACCGGAGGAACGUCAUCGCAAGCGACGCAGCAGCGAAGAUGCCAAAGAGUCCUUCUCCAAGGAAUCCUCGCCCAGUGAGCCGCCUCCCUCCGCCGUCAGCGAGAAGCUAAAGCGCAACAACGAGCAGGACAUCGAAGAGGAGGUGGAGGAUCCACUUGCCCUGCCAGCCCAGGAUGCGUCGCCUCCUGUGAAAGAAUCCUCCCCACCGGAGGGAUCUGCCCGUCGUUCUGGUCGGCGAGGCGGUGCUGCUGUCGUUUACUCCGAGCUUCCUCAGCCCAAAAGGACGCGAGGUGGGGCCAGGGAUAAGUCCGUGACGGAAGUGAAAGCGGAGGGUAAACAGGAAUCCGAAGAUGACCAUGAGGAGACUCCUAAACUUUCAGCCAAACCUAAAUCUGAGGUCAAAGAGGAUUCAGUCGAGGGUAUUCCAGUAAAAGAGGAAACACCAGAGGAGGAAGCAAUCAAGGAGGAGCAAAAAGAGGAGCCAAAAGAGGAGACGAAGGCAAAGGUGGGCCGGGGACGUGGGCCGCGAAAAAAGCGUGAGGUGGACACCACCAAUAUCAUCGAGACCAACGACUCGGAGACUCCGGUCCGCCAAUCUCGUCGCAUCGCCCAGCAGAAGAUCAAAGAGGAGGCGGAGCGCCGAAAGCAAGAGGAGGUGGCCCUGCGCUCCAUGAAACAGGAGCUCAAGAAAAAGAAGAAGGCCGAGAAGGAGGCAGACCCAACAGUGCUAGAGCCUUCGGGGGAGGAGUCAGAGUCGGAGGCCAGCGAGGCGGAGGAGGAGGCUCGUAGUAAAAAGAAAAAGAAGUGUCCUGGCAAGGAUGGCGCCUGGUCAUCGGACUCAGAAGAGCAGCCAGAGAGCGAGGAGGAGGAGGAGGAGCCACCGCACUAUGAAACGGACCCCGGCUCGCCGCUCUUCCGCUCCGACCACGAGUUCUCGCCGGAGUCCGAGCUGGAGGACGAGUCCCAGGUGGUGCCCAUGAAGCGGGCGCGCACCGUGCGCAAGGAAAACGCCGAAGACCAGGAGAAGGAGGACGCGGAGGAGGCGUGUCAGAAGUGCGGCAAGUCUGACCACCCCGAGUGGAUCCUACUCUGCGAUACUCCCGCCUGCAACAAGGGCUACCACUGCUCCUGCCUCUCACCAGUGCUCUUCUACAUCCCCGAGGGCGACUGGCACUGUCCUCCCUGUCAGCAGGAGCAGCUGAUCACAGCCCUGGACCUCCAGCUGCAGCAGUUCGACACCUUGGUGGCCCAGAAGCACCACGAACGGAUCCUGGCCGAGGAGCAGGCGGAGCGAGAGCGUCAGGAGCGGGAGGCCGCCACUUUGGCGGCGAAGAACGAUGGAUUCAAGGAGGAGAAGGAGGAGGACGAUGACGAGGACGAGAAGGACGAUGAGACGGUCAGCAAGGCGGACAAGGUGAAGCGGCGUCGCGGAGAUGGACGCAGUAACCGGCGCGCCGCCAAGCGGGGCACCAGACGCCGCCGUGGAAACGAGUCCGACUCCAGUAACGGCAAAUCCGGGGGCAGUGGCUCCAGAUCCGGCUCUGGAUCAAGUUCCGGCUCAAGCAGCAGCAACAGCAGCAGCUUCUCGGACUCGGACGACGAGCCCAUAUACAAGUUGCGCAAGCGACGCCAGAUCAAUGUGAGCUACCGGCUCAACGAGUACGACGACCUCAUCAAUUCGGCCUUAAAAAAAGAGAUGGACGAGGUCGCCGGUGCAGGGAACCUAGGCCGCGGCAAGGACAUAUCCACCAUUAUUGAGGCGGACAAGGAGAAGACGCGAUCCGAAGAUCCGCCUGCGGAGGAGGAGGUGCACGAAAAGGCGGACGUCGAGAAAGAGAAACAAAAGGUCAAGUCCAGCGGCAGCAGUUCGUCGUCGUCCGAGGAUGAGAUACCACUCAAGCGCAGCAACAAGUUCAAGCAACCGCCUGCCAAGAAGAAGCCUCGCAAACUGACCACCUUGGACGUGAGCAGCGAGGAGGAUCAUGGCAGCGAUGAGGACUUCAAAACGUCCAGCUACUCGGAUGAGGACAGCUCACAGUCUGGCUCCGGAGACUCCGACUCGAGCUUGGAGGUGUACAGACGACCAGGUCGAGGCAAGAAGCAGCGGAAGGCUGCCAGAAGGGCGGCGCGCGAAAGGCGAAAGGAUCGCAAGUUUGUGGUGGAAGAGAGCGACGAAAGUGAGGAGGAGGACCAGAAGCGACGAGCGGCAAAGACCAAGAAAAAGAAGAAGGAGGACUCUGACUACACGGAAACUGAAACGGAAGACGACGACAAUGAGUUGUCCGAGAACGUGGACAGUGCCGACCUGUGCGACGACACCACUUCCGAGAGCGAAGACGGCGCCUGGAAUCCCUCCUCCAAGAAGAAGAAGGCUGCAGCCGCCAAGAAGUCGGGCUCGGCGGGUGGCAUCGCCAGGAAGUCCCCGAAGCUGAAGAAGCCAGCCCCCCAGCCCGCGAAGAAGGUCAAGCGCCUGGAGUACUCCGACGACGACAUUAGCGAGAGCGAUCCGGAGGAGGAGGAGGACGAGGAUGAGGAGGGUCAGGAGGGUGCGCCCUUGUCGGGAAAGGGCUCCGGCAAGCAGCCCCGCUCUCAGCCCCUCAAACCGAGCGGAUCCGUGUCACAGGCUGGCAAGGGAAAGGGAAAGGGCAAGGCCAAGAAGAAGAAGCCAGCGUCCUCCGAGGAGGAGGACGGCGCCGCUUCCGACGAUCGCACUCGCACCCGUGGACGGCGGUACGCCUACAUCGAGGACGAUGACGACAGCUCUGAUGGCGGCAUCAAGCCAGGCGUCCAUCGACCCGACACGCCGCCUGAGGAGCGUCAGAAGUUUAUCCAGCGGCAGGAGGAGAUCAAGCGUAUGCUGGCAGAGAAGAAUGCCGAAGGCGCCAAGCUGGCGGCCACGCCCCGUCUUACACCGAUCAAGUCCGGGGCCACUGUGCCGGAGAAGCGCACACCUGGCAAGGCCGCCAGCGGCGACUCGCUGUCGACGGUGCCGCUCUCGGUGAUUCGGCAGGCCAAGGUGCUGGACAUCGAUUACCUGCAGCGCAAGGGGGAGACUAUUGGCGACCUGGACGACGUGGACGAGUCGGAGCUGGACGACGCCGAGCUGCCCGACGACCUGCCCGAGGACAUGGAGGACGCGAUCGCCCGUAUGGUGGAGGAGGAAGAGCAGUUCAGCGCGGCGGUGGCAGCCCGUGAGUUGCCUGGCGCAGAGGAGGUGCUGCGCACGACGCCCUCUAAGUCGCGGCAAUCCAGCAAGGUGACGCCCGAGACGCCAGCUUCAGCUCCAGCUCCGGCUCCGACUGCCGGUCCCAGUGCGUCUGGCUUGCAGGAGCCACAUCGCAAGCGUCUUCCCAUGCCCACCAUGCAUCCGCCGCUUCUGCGCCACCAGUUUCCCCUCGCCUCUGGCUCGGCACACCCGCCCGCAUCGCUGCUGCCUCCUCACCCACCUCACGGCAUGCAUCCCAUGCUGCAGCGUCAUCUGUCGCAGGCGGUCGCCCCGCCACAGGCCAUGCACCUGCUGCAAAACGCCCUCUCCGCCCCUCUUGGCCAGCCCCUGGGCUGUGGAAACUAUGCGACCGGUCACGGAUCGGCCCAACACCUGCCGCUGGUCAUGCCAAUGCCCUCGGCAGCGGCGGCCGCUGCGCAUCUCAUGCAAUCCGCGGCAGCCUCGGCUGCAGCCCGCCCACCCGACGCAGCGGCGGGCAGUCCUGCGGCCGACUCCAAACCAAGGGGCAGGCGGAAAAAGGUAACACCCCUCAGAGAUCAGUUGCAGAAGCAGCAGACGGCGGCGGCCGUUACGGCGGCCACUUCCUCAUCGACUCCGGGGCCAGUGCCAACAGAGAAGGCCAAGGGGCAGCCGCUGUUUAAGCCGCACGAGGAAGCUCCCGCCAGCGCUCCCGUCCCCGCUCCGCAGGCCUCUGUGAUCACGCGGAUCCCGGCGCACCUGCCGCUGCCCCACGGACGAGGUCAUGGACCGCCGCCCGGCGGCAUGUAUCCUAGCAGUGCGGAGUUGGCCCGGUUCUACGGCCAAGUAGCCGGCCAGCAGUCUGGACCCGCCGUCCCUGGCACCCGCUCCCCUUCGUCGUCGUCGUCGUCAUCGUCAUCGUCGUCAGGACCUCCUAGACACCUUUUGCGACCGCAGCUGCCGCCCGGACUGCCACCGCCACACGCAUCGCUGCGACCCACCUAUGGACCGCCGCCGCCACUGCGAGGAUCUGGCCCACCAACAACAGCGGCAAGCGGGGGUGCGACCAGCUCCAGGCCGCCCUACCUCCACGGAGCAGAGCACCACGGCGGACCGCCUGGCCCGCCCAUGGGCGGAGUCUUUGGCUCCGGACCGCCACCAGCGAGACACGCCUCGCCUCAUUUGAACCCCUACAGAGCUCCGCCCAUGUAUGGCAAUCCCAAUUACUCGCCUCGCGUCGGAGGACCUCCAGGACCUGGAAGUAUGCGACCGGGAGCCGUUGACUUUGCCGCCGGACCACGUGGUUAUCCCCCAUAUGGCUACUAUCCCCCUCCUCCGCCGUUGACCACACCGUCUGCCCAUGCUGCCCCAAGUUCGGUUAUCGUAAGUGCUCCGCCAGCAGGGACGCCAACGAAUCACUCGGUCUCUUCUCUGACGCAUGGGAAGAAUCUGGUUCCAAUUCCACCGACGCAGUCUUCAGGUCCUCCACCCGCCGCAGCCCCUCCACCGGCAAUCCCCAGCGAAGCGCUCAGCCACAAGCCAUCGGUAGCCUCUGUGAUAACCAGCAAAAAGCUGACCACCUUGGAGGCGUACCCCACACGAAAGUCGCCCCUUGUAGUGGGCGAGGUUCCAGGACCGGCCGAAUCGACGAAUUCACCGGCUGCCAUUGCCGAGGACGACUCGGGAUCGGCUCAUGAAACCAGAGCUCCACCAUCCACGGGAGCAGCUGCCGUGGGCGAGUUCAGUGGCUUGGUAAGCUACUUUAGCUCGCAACAGGACGAUUAUGACACAUAACAAGCGCCGCCGGGCGCAUAAGAAAAAUUUGUAUAUAUAGUGGGAUUGUCGUGUGUAAGAUGACCACAAUCCAUUUGUAGAGUUAGAAAAGAAGGUACAUUUUAGAGUAGGCAGCAAUCUUGGCAUUAAUUUAUUAUUAAAGACUUUGUGUUUAAACAAUCUGGACCUUUAAUACAAAACCACAAACGAUGUUUCAAACCUGAUCCAAAUUCUGUAAAAAGUUGUCCAAAGUUACUUUUUUUGCGAUGGCGCUCCCAUUACAUAAAUUAAUUACAAAAUUUGAAUUUGUAUGUUCGUUUGAUUACAACUCCCAUUUAAACACUCCCAAUGCCUUUUUAACGUUAAAUUUAGUUCCCUUUUUGUGCUCUUUCAGUUUAGCUAAAACAAACAUAAACUACGCUAAGUAUUUUAAUUUUAGCUGUAUAUUUUUCGAGCUCUAACAAAAUAAUCGUGAGUUAUAUAUGAUACAUACCAUUAAUACUAUACGAAUAUAAAAGAAACUAAUGAUUAUAGAUAAACAUAGUCAAUAAAUAUAAAUUUAGUUCAUUGCGAAUGCUUGUUUGCAUUGACAUGUACACAAAUUGUAGUUUGAGUUAAUACAUAACUAAGCAAUUGAAACGAUGAUGCAGUGCAUACUUUAUAAAUUAAACCUACGUAACCAUUAUAACAUAAAGCAAAUGGUAUAUUAAAAUCAAAGAUGGACAAAAACUGAAUGUUCGCAAUAAAACUAUUUAUCAUUAGUUGAAAAUAUAAAAAACCAACUGUCUUAUCCUU